GCAGCAUAUUCGUGGAACCAACCUCCGACGUGUACUCAAAGCACGCCGCGACGGAGAUUACUGGCUCGAUAUUCCCUCUUGUCUGGUGUGCUGCACAUCUCGAGUCUCGUUGGUCGCGGCAUGAGCACCACCAGCUCCAUCGAGUGCUCCGUCACGGAAGGCCAAGCGAUGCUGCUCCUGUCCGUGUCCUUGCUCUCCCUCUGCGGCUGUCUCUACGUGAUUGUCACCUACAUGUACGUCCCAGCACUGCGGCAGCAUCCCGCCGGCAUCAUGUUUGGCAUGUCCGUGUAUGGCGCCGUGUACCAGUUCAUGUACAUUGUCGAGUCGCACGCCACGCCGUCUGCUGCGUGCCGCGACGUGCCGUUCAUAGUCGACUUCUUCCUCACAGGCCAGGAAACGUACAUGCUCAUCUUUGCGAUCGACUUGUUGCUCGCACUCAAGAACCCCUUUACCGCGUCCAAGGGCCAAAUGAAUCGGUACCACAUCGCAGGCUGCGUGUGGAGCUUGAUAUUUGCGGGUAUUUCCAGAUGCGACAACCACUUUGCGCUGUUUGGGUUUUGCUGGAUGGAUGUCGCGACGGCAUCGUUGAAGGACAAGAGCUCAGCGCGGUCCCCCCCCGCUGGCCUCUUCUUUGCGCUGUACAUUUUGCUCAUUUACACCACGUCACUAUAUGCGAUACUGCGCACGUGGAAUACGCUGCUCAAGGGCCUGCCCGACACGUUUACAACUCGAGAUCGCAUCCACCGGCACCUCAAGUACUACGUCGGGUGCUUUGUGUUUUACUGGACGGGCGUACUUGUCACAUAUGCCGUCUACACGAUCGUUCCGUACGAAUCUCCGCACAAGUGCCUUCUAUGGAAGUGUCUGUCGAGCGUACUAUUGGCCAAAGGGAUGGUAAAUUCGCUAAUUUGGACGCGAACGUCCAAUAUACUCAAGAUCAUCCACCAACUACGAGAGUUUGGGCACGUGGAUUUGCCACCCCACGACACAAGUAUCAACUGGGCUUUGCGAUUGGAAAUUCUAACCAACACAACCAAGGGCAUUUGCGAAUCGAUUGAGCGCGCCGAGAUGGAAGCUAUCCACGGUCACAGCACAGACCGCCAUAUCAAGUACACGCAGAUCGAGGAGAUUCCGCUGAGUUGCUCUUCGUCUGCAGCUACAGUGGUCUUUUAUGACUACGCGCCGCACAUAUUCCGCUUCCUCCGCAGCUGCGCCAACAUUUCGAAUGCCAGCUACCGAGAUUCGCUCCAGCAAACGACCAAGGAGCGCGUGAGUGAAGGCAAAAGCGGCGCCUUCUUUUACUUUACCCAGGACCGAAAAUAUGUCGUCAAGACCCUCACACAUGAAGAGCUCAAGUUUUUGCUGCAGAUUUUGCCCAAAUACGUCACAUUCAUGUCGGCCAAUCCAGACACGUUUGUCACUCGAUUUUUCGGCUGCCACGCGCUCACUAUGUAUGGCAAAACCAUGUUUUUCAUUGUCAUGCAAAGUGUCUUUGAUACACGGUUGCCCAUCCACGAACGAUUCGAUCUCAAGGGGUCGUGGGUGGGCCGACUUGAAGGCCGCAAAACGCGCGGAACGGCCGCCAUGUGCAAGUUCUGCGGCAACGAGUACAUAAUCGGGGGCUCCCAUGACCAACUGUGCGACGUGCGCAGCAAUAACGGCACGCUGCGGCACCAGUAUGACAACGUGGGCAAGGAUUUGAACUGGAACCACCACGUCAAACUGCCCCGCCCCGUUGCGGCGCAAGUGGCCAAGCAACUGCACACGGACUCGACGUUCCUUAGCCAAAUUAACUGCAUCGAUUACUCACUGCUCGUGGGUAUCCACCACCGUACAUUUCACGUGGGGGGUAGAAAACACUCGACCCCGUCACAACCAGACACGAGGCCAGUCGACGGCCCGUCCGACACACUGGGGGCGUGUGUGCUAGACGCCAUGGCAACCAACACGACCACCCACACAGCGUUGGACGAGUCUCCACGAUAUGCGACAUCGUUUGACUCGGACGAGUCUCCAUUAUAUGCGACAUCGUUUCACCACGGCGGCAUGGGCGUAGAGCAAGUAUACGGUCCGGGGGUGUACUUUGUGGGUUUGAUUGACAUUCUGCAGCAGUGGAACGUUCGCAAGAGAUUGGAGCAUUUUGUGCGCGUGUAUUUGUGUGGCCAGGACCGGCUCGGGAUCAGCGUCGUGGCUCCGCACGAGUACGCCGACAGGUUUCAGAAGCGAGUGGUGCGGGACCUGAUUCACGACCUGCACGAGGUCCCCCCCAAGCGGCAUCGUCCUCGGCCGAGUAUGAUGGACAAUGGGGACGAUGAAGUAGACGAGGUAUCGUCGUUUGCAUCCGACUCGACGUACGACACGGGGCACUUUGACACGUUUUUGAGUGUGGACCCGGUGACCCCCCGCUCGAGUUUGAACUUGUUCCCGAUGCUCAAGCGUCCAGAAGAUACUGGCAUAUCAUCACGACGACAACGACCAGGGGGGGGGGAGUAUGCGAUAGAGCAGGAGACGACAUGCCACAGGAUGGGAGAGGAUGGGCCGACGAAUGAGGCGAGGCGAAACGAAGAAGAGUAUGCGUCUAUGCAAACCCCCCAAGGGCUGGCGAUGCUCGAACGUAGCAGCGAUAGCCAUGUAUAAACGAGUAAAGCGUCAGUACUUUUGAAUGGGC